AACUUUGUGCUUGUUAAUAAACCCAAUAAAUGUUAUGUAUUUAUACUAUAUUAUCAUUGUUAGUGUUUAUCACUUUGGGCGUGUUUACCAAACGAGAUCACAAUUAAGAAACAUAAAUGUAAACAUUCCUCAUUCGGGUGUUCUUUUUUGUUUUUUUAACUUUUAACUUUAAAUUUUUUUUAUUAGAUUAAAAAAUUUAAUUUGAUUUUCAUUAGUAAAUAACGGCUGCCAUGAGCUAUACUUUUAAUUUUAUAAUACUUUGAACAAAAAAAUUUUUUAUUUAGUUAAUUAAUCAAUUAUUUUUCUUAAUUUUAUAUACAAUAAAAAAAAUGUAUGCUCGAAGCAAAACGCCCAGUAUGGGCACUCCAUCAGUUUAUUCUAUUCAUGCCAGUCAUCUAACUUUAAGAUCAUCAAAUUUGCGUUCUACUCGGUCAAUGAAAUCAUUACGCAUCCCAUGGUACCAACGUCCUAUACUCAAAGAUGCUAUAUUUCUUGAUACUCAACGUGGUGCACUUGUCAUUGCAUUUUAUUCAUUGUUUUUAAGCAUAUUUACUCUUGCAACUUCUGCAUUUGACACAUAUUGCUUAGCAAUGGCAGCUCCAGGUUCAACUCAUUAUGGUUACUAUCUAAUGAGCUACCAAUUUGUAUAUGUGGGUAGUGCAUGGGUUAGAAAUUUGCUAGUAUUGUUCUCAUUAUUUUCAUUUGUUGCAGCAGCAGUAAUUUUUGUUACUAGCAUUAUAUUAAUAUCAGCUUUACGAAAAGAACAUGAAAAACGAAUUGUACCAUGGUUAUUUACAUUUGCAGUAUUUGUUAUAUUACGUUUUGUUGCUUGGACGUUUUCAUCCAUUGCUAAUGAUCCAAUUUUUGGUUAUAAUAUUACUAUGAUAUUUUUGGGUGCAAUAUUUAUAGUUCUUAAUGUUUAUGGUUGGUUACUCGUUUAUUCUUUAUACUUAGAACUCUUUGACUUAACCAAACUAGAAGAUUUAGCUCAUUUAAGAAUCGGUACUAUGGCAUCUCUAAAUGCAUCUACAACACAUUCACUGGCUGGAUCUCGACCAACUACUCCACACAGUACUGUAUCUACUGCUCCAGUAUAAGGACAAUUAUGUACAAUUUUUUUUACUAUUAUUAAAAAUUUAUUUUAGUUUUAAGACUUAAUAAGAGUUUUGACACAAUGUAACUAAUCCGUCCAUUACAUGUUCAAUUUAUAUAACUUAUUUUAAUUUUAAAUUAUUUCAUUUUAUUACAUAUUUUAAUUGCAAUGUAUUGAUUAUCUUUUCAUUAGUUAUUUUUAAUGAUGAAAUAUAUAAAAAAAAUGUUUCAAUUUGUAUCCUAAAGUUAUACUUAUGAGUACUAAAAUAUUGACUAUUAAAAACAAAAAAAUAAUUGUUUAUUUAAGUCAUAUUUUUUAUUGAAACUGAAUAAACGUGUGUAACAAUUUAAAAGUUGUUCCCACUUCCUAAAAUUAUCCUUAUUUUAA